GAAACCAUCGCCCUCAACCACAGGCAUAAUCCGGGCAUAGAAUAGUGCUGCGAUCAAUCUAUGCAUCGUCAGGUUUAUGCGUUAAAAUUCAAGAAAUAACUACAGUUAAAAUGGCGUCGUUAAGCGGCGACGAUAGUGAAAUUGUUGCAACUGAACCAGUUAGGCGAACUAGGUCUGGUCGAGCAGUGGCUAAUCUAGUUGUUGCCAAGAAAUCACCUACCAAAAAACUACUUGCCAGAGCAACUCGUUCGCAGAAGAAAGCACGCGAAGGUGAAGAUUACCUUCAACCAGAGCCUGAGGAAGAGGCAUCUCUGGGGGAAGAGGAGACUUUUGGGGAAAUCGAAGAAGCUUCAGAGAACGGGCUGCAGUCAUUUGGAGCUCCGUACAACGAACCUUCAGGCGAAGAUGAAACUACCACGUUUCAUCUUGAACUAGAGGACUCACAGGACAUUGUUCUUAUCGAGGAUGCCGAUGUGUGCCAUGAAACACCAGUUGUUGAUCCGGAGAUCAGCAACAUCGUUUACAGAGACGAAAAAGAAAAUGUUCCUGAGCUGGAGGCUCCCCCACCACCUAUUGUCACUAAAGUCACACCCACAGCUUCCAUUGUGUCGACUCUGAAAGUGAAGGAAACUAUUCAACUGAUGGAUUUAUCAGAAAACAGCAUAGAAGCUGCGGAUGAUACAGAACCGGAAAAUAUGAAUGUAAUGCAGGAACGCGAUGAAGUAAUGGAUGAUUUUGAGCACGUACUCAAUGACGAAGAGGAGCCAUCUGAAAAUGGCACCCUGAAUUCAUUCGCGCAAGGCGCAGAGGCAGAUUUUAAUACCGAGACUGUCGACUUAAUAGAAGUACCUUUGGCUCACCAGAGUCUACUCAGUUUUGAGUCAAUGGAAGUUGAUCAGAACAAAUUGAACAACGGAGAUGAGAACAUGGAUGACCAAGAAGACAAAGUCGAGCCUGACACCGAAGCAGUUUCCGAAGACGAACUACCAACAGAAGCAGCUGCCAAGGAACCUGAAACCGAGGCAGUUUCCGACGAAGAACUGCCAGCUGCGGCACCUGCGGAUCUCGGAGAGACUGAGUCUGUAUCCGAAGAUGAGCUGCCCCCCGAUGGCGACAAAAAGAAAAAAGCAAAAACCGUUAGCAAAGAACUACCGGAGAGUGAAAAAGUCAAGCCUGAAGGAGGUGGAGCUAAACGUAAGUUGAAUGCAGAAGGAGAAUAUGAUCCUAGUUCUCCAACAUCAGAGAACAACGACGAAACACCAGCGAAGAAAGUAGCCAUAUCCUCAGAUGUCGAUGGAGCGGAUGACAAGCCAGAAGCUAAACCAGCAUCUCCAAAGAAAAAGACCUUGCCAGAACUGGACAAAUACUGGAAAGCUGUUAACGAAGAUCCCUCAGACUUCACCGGAUGGACUUACCUCCUUCAGUAUGUCGAUCAAGAGAAUGACGCGGAAGCAGCACGAGAGGCUUAUACAAAAUUCUUGGAGCGUUAUCCGUAUUGUUACGGAUACUGGAGGAAGUUUGCUGAUUAUGAAAAGAAAAAAGGAAACCCUGAAAACUGUCAGAAGGUCUUUGAUCAAGGAUUGAAAGCUAUCUCACUCAGUGUUGAUCUAUGGCUACACUACAUUAACCACUGCAAAUCCGUCUAUGAACAUGAUGAGGAAAAACUUCGCGAGCAGUACGAGAGAGCCAUAGAGGCAUGUGGGCUGGAAUUUAGGUCAGACCGCCUGUGGGAAAGCUACAUAAAAUGGGAAACCGAGGCAAAACGUUUGAGCCAGGUCACAGCCCUGUACGACCGUCUACUGUCGACGCCGACGCUGUGUUAUCUCUCGCACUUUGAAUCCUUCCAGGAAUUCGUCGCCUCGAAUCCCCCGAACAAAAUACUUAACGUUGACGAUUUUCUUACACUCCGUGCCGAGGUAAAAGCCCUUCUUAAAUCCGAUGAAUCCGCCGGUCCAGUUUCUGCGACAGACGAUGCUCCACCUGGCGAAGAACCAUCGCCGUAUGAGGUUCCACCGACCGAUGAAGAAACGCGAGCUAUAAGAGAAAAAAUUAUUAGCUCACGACGAAAACUACACAAGGCAAAUGUCAAUGCCGUCGCAGCUCGGUGGUCUUACGAAGAAGGGAUCAAGAGACCGUAUUUCCACGUUAAGCCAUUGGAACGUUGUCAGUUGAAAAAUUGGAAAGAGUACUUAGAUUUCGAAAUUGAACAGAAGGAUCCAGCCAGAAUCAUAAUUCUCUUCGAGCGCUGUUUGAUCGCGUGCGCGUUGUAUGAUGAAUUCUGGAUGCGGUUCAUACGUUAUCUCGAAACCCAGAAGAAUGAAAACACAGAAAAAAUAAGAGACGUUUACUCUCGAGCGUGUAUAGUUCAUCACCCGAAAAAACCAAAUUUACACUUACAAUGGGCAACUUUCGAGGAAGGUCAAGGGAACUUCGAAAAAGCUGCUGAUAUCCUUGAGAAGAUUGAUUCCGCGUUGCCGAACAUGUUACAAAUUGCGUAUCGUCGCGUUAAUUUGGAACGUAGAAGAGGAGAUUUAGACAAGGCUUGUCUUCUUUACGAAAAUUAUAUAAGCAACAGCAAAAAUCGAACAAUUGCUAACAACGUUGCCGUUAAAUAUGCCAGAUUUCUCUGCAAAGUAAAAAAUGACAUCGAUAAAGCGGUGAAAGUCUUACUGAAGGCAACGGAAAAAGACAAAGAUAACCCGAGACUGUAUCUCCAACUGAUAGACCUUGGUUUGCAACGUAGUCCGGUCAAUACAUUAGAGGUGAUCGGAUACAUGGAUAUGUUUAUAGAACGAGAACACGCGGAUCUUGAACAGAGGGUGCUCUUUGCUCAACGAAAAGUUGAAUUUUUGGAAGACUUCAGUCCAGAUAUUCGCCAGGUAUUGAAAGCCCACGAACAGUUCCAGAAAUGCAUAAAACAAGCCAAAGAGAGAAAAAAAGCCAAGAACGAAGACAGCAAAAUUACCGAGGCGUCUCCGCCCAAGAAACUCAAGGCAGGGGAUCAAUCGAGCGUUCCUCCACCACCGUCUGUUGGUUCGCAGUCAUCGUAUCAAUACGGAAGUGGUCCCAGUGGGCCGUAUCAAUCUCAGCAACCGUUCCAGAGUGGUCAAUACAGCGGGCAGGGUAGUUAUCAACAGGGAUAUCAACAAUACCCACCUCCAUCUGACCCUAAUUAUGCCAACUAUCAGAACUGGCAGUAUAGCCAGGGCGGACCUCAGGCAUAUGGUCCGUACAAUCAGUGGGGUUCUUACAAUUACUAUUAAUACUGAAGCGUGGGUUAUCAUUCCAUCGCGCUCUCACAUUCUUUGUACAUUCUUUAAAGUCUAGCUGCAUUAUCUUACAUAUGACGAACUCUUUUGACUCUUCUCUUCGUCCAAAGGGCGAACUUUGACUUUCUCCCACCUAGUUUAUAGGAAGGAGAACAGAGGUUGAUUAAAAUUGGAACGGAUAUACAUAAAUACUGCAUUUCCUGAUCUACGAUGUCACAGUCAAUGUGAAUGAAUCAUUCAACUUUGUAUCCUCUCAAUAAAUGAAUAUUAGAGUCUCUGAUGAUUUGCCAACUCGACGAAGGAAUAUUCUACCUACUUUCACUCAGCGUAUUUAUCAUAUGUAUUUAUUUGUCGAGUAAAUCGAAAGUGAAACUAUUUCUGCCAGGCGUAAUUCAAGUUGCUUUUCUCCUAUUUACUACGUUACUUCGAUUAAAACUUUGACUUUUUCGAUUAAGUAUUUAACCAUGGUUUUCGAGAGGAGUUUGAUUUUGAGAAUUUUUAAAAAGAGCAAAGUGAACCAUAACAAAAUUGAAAAAAAAGUCAUAAUAAAAAUAAAUGAUUGAUAAUCAUUGAAUAUCGGGUCUUGGAAAUAUAUAAUUUUAUUAUUUAUGUGGCAAUGAAUCAUUUUAACCAACUGCGAUGAAUGACGAUAACGAUAUUGUUCAAUAAGUAGAGUAUAAUGAGCAGGUAUGGCGAAUAAAUAAAUUGACGAACAAUGAUGAUUAUUACCUUUCUAUUUCCACCGAAAGGCAAGGUCAAAAAAUAUAAAUUACUCAUCUGAAAUUACAGCAUACCUCACAUACUUAUACCGUGCUUGUACUUACAUACGUACAUUUUUCGUGCCAUUCUUCUUUGUUACAAGUCAUUCCCAUUUCCAUUUCUACUGUUUAUCUAUAACUCUAAACCACUCAAGUUGAGUAGUAUUCGUUGCACCCAGAUGAGUUCGGGUAAAGGGAGAUUUUUUGGAUAAUAUAGGUGUGUUUCAAUGUCGUUUAUAAUCAACAAUUCUUUACUAAUUAUAUUAUAAGUAUAUAUUUGAGAAAAUAUCACAAUGCUAGACACCAAACAUUUGCCGGAUAACAGCAGCCCUUUCUAUUUCACAAUCUUUAUUUUCAUUUAUGGUUUCGAAAACAGGUAAAUCGACAUUUGUAGUGCAUAUAUUAAUGUUGAUGAUGAUGAUAAUAAUAAAGUAUUAACACACCAACAACAACAACAGCAAUAACAAUAGUGACAAUGAUGAUGAUGAUGGUAAUCUCCAACCGAGUGGUAUUCUUUAUUGCAGAAAUCAUUAUUGCACCUCAAAUGUCAUGCGUAUACAUGGCUAUAGUUUGUGUCUACAGACUGAAAAAAAACUAGAAUCCGGUUUAAAAUUCUAACAUGUUUUAUAUUUAGAUAUUACAGAUUCUACUCAUGAGAUAAUUAACUAAAUUCUCGUUGUAUAAGUACAUUAAAAAAAAACAAAAAAAAAAAA